AUGAUUCACAAAGUAAUGAAACGUUUAUCACAAGACACUAUCAUUUACACCAAAAGGGUGAAGAAACUUCAACAAAUCCAAUUGCUUCAAUUUUUACAAGAGGGUCAGUCAGCCCACAGAGCUGGGCUAGAUGGAAAUGAUAAAUUAUUAAAAUUUUCCACAGAUCUUGAACAAAGUUGUAUUGACUCUGUUGAUAUUCAUG